UGGGAAAGUGUAGUCUAAAUUUCUCACUCGGUAAUGUAAUAAAGAUAUGAUAGAGCAGAUGGCGUGAUCAAAGAUGCCUGUCUUGUUGACGGUGAGUGGUUCAGACGGCACUUGAAUGAGAGCUACAGCUCUGCACUGGCUUGUUUCGCAGAGUCUAUUCUUGGCCAGUAUCACCACUGAACUACGCAAUGGUAGUAGUAUGGCGGAGGAUACGGUCUCGACAUGUGGCUACAGCCCUUUGGCCGUGAUACUGACCCUCGGCAUCGGGUCAAUCAUGCUGGCUGUCGUUAUCUUUGGUGGAUACUGGAGCGUCUCUACCGGCAUACCGCUCGUUGGUAGUUGUAGUGCAGCCGUCUCCGCCGCGUGCCAUCUGCCUCGAGGAGAUGAAGCACACUUGCUACCGUUGCGGUGGGGCGUGGUUGUUGCCCAGAUGGACGGCGAAAAUAUCGGCCGUUGCAGUUUCUCGGCCAAGGAGGUUGUGGGUCCUGUCGUCGGAGCACAAUAUGUAUCAGAUGUAAUCCUUGUACAUCGUACAUCGUACAAGUCAGAACUUACAGCCUACCGAGAUAAGCUAGUUCAGCCGGGAUGACGCCUGCAUCUGCAUUUACUCUUUGUGAUCUCCCCAGUCGUAUCGACCUGGCAACGUGUCCUAUCUCCGCAUCAUUCAACCUCGAGAUAAGU